AUGACUUACACGCACCGCAAGCCUCGUCUGGAAACAAGACGAGCUCCAAACCACAAGAGAGAGAGCCUGCCUGUGGGUGUGCGAGGACCCAAACCAGUGUGGUCCCCGGCCCGGUCCUCACAGCUCUCCGCUGCGGUUCACGGGCCUCGAGAGCGCAGCAGUGAAGGUGAUCUCCAUCAGUCACAGUACCUGCCUGGUGAAGAGGAUCGCCGCGUCGUGGUGAUGCUGAUGGUCGUCAUCCAGGGGGUUCUGCUGAUUCUGCCACUUGCAGAAGCUCUUGAGCGUCGCGGCGGCGUUCUUGGACACCUCGAUGCCCUUCUCGUUCUCGGACAGGACCGCGACUUUGACCACCGACAGGCGGAUGGGGUUCUCGAUGCUGGCGUGGCCGUAGAGCUUGGACGCGAUGGACGCGAGCGUCAACAGAUGAUGGAGCAGAUCUUCAAUAGCGUCUGUCUAAUGGGUUCGAUGACGUCACAGAGCACGAGCGAGACAGGACAGAGACGUGACAUCACGCAGGGAGCCCUGGCACAGAACAAGGGCAUUGUGCACACUAGUGAGGGCUCAUUCUGCUGUCAGCCUUAUGAUGUCAUCUUCAUCAUCAUCAUCAUCAUCAUCCUCAGCGGCUCAGACAACACUGGCAUCAUUCAGCGACCCGCAGGAUGUUUGUUCUUCUGUGGAACACAAAACCUCUUUAUCAUUUAUGCUGAUAUGCGAUGUUGAGGGACUGCAGGCAAUUAAUAACUAAACUAUUAAAUGCAGUUUGUUACUGGAAAUAAAAAAUUAAAUAUAAAAAAUGUUUUAUUGCUAACCAAGCAACGUUAUAAUUUUUUAGCAUGCUAAAAUAUCUAAACUCAAAUUGUUUUUUUAUUUAAAUUCAGUUUAACAUACUAAAUU